UUUUUCGUUUUUUUUUUUUUUUUGGUCUCGCACACACAAUGUCCUCCGACAAGACCCCUCUCACGCCUCAGUACUCGCAGCAGCAGCCGUCGUACCCGCCGCCGCAGCAGUACGCAUACCCUCCUCCGAGCUACCCCGCGCCCCAGCAGCAGCAGCAGCAGCAGCAAGCGCCGCAACGAGAGGCGUCUUACAUGUCAUCGAGCAGCUCGGACCACCAGGCGUACGACAUCUCGGCUGCUCCGCCGUCGUAUGCCAGCGCCACGGCGAGCUCGGACGUCUACCACUCUAACGACCCCGACCUGCAGGAGUGGAAGGGCAUUGCCGCGUUUGAUGACAGCAUUGUCCGCCGAGGUUUCAUCCGCAAGGUGUACUCCAUCCUGACUCUGCAGCUGCUCGUCGCGCUGGGCUUUAUUGCCUUGUUCUUGUUCAACAGCAGCGUGAAGCACUAUGUCCAACGCAACCAAGCCAUGCUCAUCACUGCCAUCAUCCUCACGUUCGUCUUGAUUCUUGCGAUGGCCUGCGUCGAGAAAAUCCGCCGUCAAACUCCGUACAAUUACAUCUUCCUUGGUCUAUUCACGCUGGCCGAAAGCUACCUUCUGGGCGUCACGGCAUCGUACUACGACGUUGACGCUGUGCUGAUUGCAGUUGGCAUUACCGCGUUCGUGACGUUCGGAUUGACGCUCUUUGCCUUCCAGACCAAGUGGGACUUUACCGGUUAUGGCGGCUACCUCUUUGGUGCGCUCCUCGUCCUCAUCUGCUUUGGCUUUAUGUGCAUUUUCAUUCGCGGUGAAAUUGUCCGCAUCGUGUACGCCGCUCUCGGAGCCUUGAUAUUCUCAAUGUACCUCGUCUACGACACGCAGCUGAUGCUUGGUGGAACACACAAGCUCGCACUUUCUCCCGAAGAGUGGGUCUUUGCCGCUCUCAAUCUGUACCUUGACAUUAUCAACCUCUUCCUGUUCAUCUUGUCCCUGGUUGGCAAUCGCCGUUAAAGCCAAGCUUGUGCCCGCCUUUCGGUCUUUGAGAAACGACUUGUAUUUUUGUUUGCCCUGUUUCGUUAUUUUGUAGGAGGUGUUUUUUUGGUGUUUGCAUGAUGUCGUCAAUGAACUGUUCGUCCGCUUUGUAUCGCCUCCUAUUUGCGUCCCCCCCCCUCUCAGUCUUCU